GGGUGAGGGCUUCAUCCAGCAGUGGCGAACCCACGACCGCUCCUGCCGAUGAUGAGACGUAAUUGUUUACGUGCCGUUCGGCAUCACCAGUAAAUCAGUGGCGACAUGGCCAGGCGGCGGGUGUGGUUAUUUCCUUGACUCCUCCUCCCUUCAAAGGGCUUCCUUCCCCCAUUGUUGAUUUGCGAGGUGGGAAUUUUUUUUUCGCAAUCGCGUGUCAAAGAGACGUGUGGCCAACACGGGGAGACAGCGGCGAGAUCGAUUCCGUGCGAUUGUUCGGCUCUAAUAAAUACAUAAACAACGUGCACAUUUGAUAUUUCAAAACUGCCAUUCUGGCUCUCGCUCGCUCGCUCUCUCUCGCUCUCUCUCGCUCUCUCUCUCUCUGGAUGCCCAGGGCAAGGUCGCUCCAAACUAUGACUUUCACCAACGAGGGGUCGCCGGCACUCGAUUAAAACCGCCCCAGAAAGAUGUUGGGCUCGACACGCUUCGCGUUCAGAUCGUCGGCGAACAUUUCGGCAAGUUGACGCGCGCAACGUUACACGCUACUGGCAAGCCGAGGGGGAUUUAAAUCCCGCCCGCCUCUAGCGACUUGUACGAGUGCAGUCGCAGGCGGCGAUAGGUCACACGGAGACGCACAGGGUGCGAGUGUAGCGGUGCCGCGUCUUCGUGAUGACACAAUGACCGUGCGUGACUCGGCCGCCAAACUUGCGCGUUUAUCAACAACGACAAAUCGUUAUUUUAAUUCCGUGGGAUUCUGUAACCUGACGGACUAAUAUAACAACACACCAGGCUUGCCAACCUUUAUAUAUUCGCACACGGUAGAACACCUACACCGCACGACACUGCAGUAGACGUGGAGAGAGAGAGGGCGAGAGAGCGGGCUGCGAAAAUUUUAGUGCCACAGUGACAGCAAAUAUCUGCAGGGUGGCUUGGGUGGACUUGCUGCUAUCGGAAAACAACAACAACAAACCCCCGUCUCGGCUCACACGAUGGCUUCGAGGUCGUUGACGUGCUUCCUCGCUUUGCUAGCCACCUAUGCUUUGUACCUCGUGCUGGGAGCCAUCGUCUUCUCCACCCUGGAGCGGCCGUACGAGGAGCGCCUCCGGAUGGACGUGAGGAGGCUUCGGGACGCGUUCGUGCGGCAGCACGCGUGCCUGAGCGACGAGGCGCUCGAGGGGUUCCUGCGAGACGCCCUCGAGGCCAGGACGCACGGCGUUUCGGCGCUGCGCAACGCCACGGCCGGCCCCCACUGGGACUUCGUGUCUGCACUGUUCUUCGCCAGUACCGUACUCACGACAGUCGGCUACGGGCACACGGUGCCCCUUUCGGACGCCGGCAAGGCCCUGUGCAUCCUCUACGCCGUGCUGGGAAUCCCGUUCACCCUGCUGCUUCUCACCUCCAUCGUCCAGCGCCUGAUGGAGCACCUGACGCGCCGCCCGCUGCGGUCGCUCGCCGCCGCCUCCUCCUCCUCCUCCUCGUCGCCGCCGCCGCAGUCGCCCGAGCUGCUGGCCGCGGCGCACGCCGCUCUGCUCCUGGCCUGCGUCGCCGUGCUCUUCUUCGUCGUGCCCGCCGCCGUCUUCGCGUCGCUGGAGGAGGGCUGGGGAUUCCUCGGCGCCUUCUACUUCUGCUUCAUCUCCCUGAGCACCGUCGGCCUCGGCGACUACGUGCCGGGGGAGGCGGACCGGCAGCCCAGCCGCGAGCUCUACAAGGUCUGCGUCACCGUCUAUCUGCUGCUGGGCCUCAUCUCCAUGCUGCUGGUGCUGGAGACGUUCUGCGAGCUUCCGCAGAUGCGCCGUCUCACGGCCGUCUUCCAACCACAGUGGGAGCCGCCCUCUCUUCCCGAGCAGCAGCAGCAGCAGCAGCAGCAGCCGCACGGCCUCGUGCGGACCCACCACGGCGACACCGUCAAGGAGACGGGCGGCGAGGCUCCCGCGUCGCCGGCGUCGCCCGCUGAGGCGGCGCGGGCGGAGAGCGGCGACGGGAUGCUCCGGCGUCUGUUCGAUCGCAAGCGCGACGGUCCGGUCGUGUCGUACCAGGCGCUCGGCGACUCCGACUCCACGUCGCCAACCGCCGGCAGAAAGUGAAACGGAUUCGUCGCGGUUUUCCACGCGGCCGGUUCAAGCCGCGGUGAGCGUGGCGAAAUCUCAACUCCUGUCUCCGUUGGGUCACAUUAGUUUUUUUAAAAGCUGUUUUGUUUAACACCCUCUCGUGCGCAUAUUGUUGGAAGCGAAAGCAAACAUUUUUUUAAUUGGUUAUGAAGUGAUUUAUUUAUUGGCAACGGAACCCAACCCUGCCUCAAAUACGCAAAAAAUGCGUUCACGUAAUUUAUCAAGAAUUCCGAUAAAGUCGCUCGACAGCGGGCACCGAGCUUCCAGCUGCCAGCUUGUGAAUGCCAAGCUCUGCUUUACCCAACGUUUGGGCCGUGGUCUUCAUUUUGUCCAUCGCCACCAACACCGCCGCACUGAUGGACCACGUCCUAGUUGAGAGAGGGCUGCGUGCACCACCAACGCUUUGGGGCUCGUGCACCGUUGCUGAAAUGCCGCCCCAACUCAGAGCGGUUCACCCACGGGGGACCUGACGCAUGACACGGGAGGGUUUUGGCGUGUCGUGUGUUCGCAUGCGGAGUUUAAACAAAGCAUAGUGUAAAGUUGGAGUUGACAUUUCAAAGCAUUUAACAUAAAAAAAGAAUAUAAUUGUUCAUGAAAUCUUCACGAAAGGAGAAAGGGGAAAAUUUUUUAACUCGCAAAACAACGCAGCAGCUAACUUUACAAACUUAACUGACCCUGUUGAUUUCGGCAAUGAACUGUUGGAUGUACGAUUUUUUAAAUUGUUUCAAUCAAUGUUUAAAGCCAUUGGAUGGAUCUUGAAUGUGUUUUGUUUCUUUGAUUACCAAAUUCAAAACCGUGAAAGUUGCACCUUGUUCGUUGAUGCGAGAUGCUUGAGCACAUGCAGGCUUUUGUGCCAGAUGGUGUUGAAGGCCAUUUAAGUCCAUCACUGGAAUCCACGACACGUUUUAUUCAAUUCCGUUAUCCGGUGCAGUCGUGAGCGAUGUAAUUGGUUCAUUUAUAAAAAUGUAUUUCUUGCACUCAUGAUACAGCAUUAAGUUGUGUGUUCACAUGAAAAACGAUGAUUUGCGAUUUGUGCAAAUUUGACCGAGUAACAUUGAGUAUACCGACUUGAACAAAAACUUUACGUGAGACAGAAAAAAAUAACAAACAAUAGAAACGAGGUGUAAAAACGAGACCUAAUUAUUAUUUUUUUGGAUUCGCAUCACAAUCUGGAGUUGUGACAGUUCACAUGAUCUCUGCUCUGGUGAAUUGUUACGUUCUACUGUGCAGUGCAUUGCAUCUCAACUGAACGCCCCUGGACAGCAUGAAGUAAAAUGUAGGAAGCAUCACAUGGAGUGACUCCGCUGAAAGCAGUGCAUGGUGGGUAUUUAUCUGAAUAAAUUGUUUUACUUACAAAUAAUAAAGUUCACUUUGUCUACACAAAAUAGCAUGCUCCGCAUUGGAAAACGAUUGUGUAUUUAAGUUACAACGCAACCAACUGUAUGAACUAACUCCAUUGUUGCCCACAAAGUGCCCUAUGGAAUUAAUUUUGUAUUGCUGUAUGCACUAAGACGAGUCUUCAUAAACUUUGCAUUAAUUGGGAAGGCUUUUUGUUAAACCUAAUUUCCUGAGCUGAGAUGUGCAAAGCUAUUGCUAGGUAUUUUGUGAACCUGGCUCGGAAGCUAUUAGUCGCAGUUUUUAGUGCAAAUAUACGGACUCUAAAACGAGGGAAUGCUGCUUCGAAAGUCAUUGUUUACAAAUCUCCUUGUCUGCGGCGAAUGAUGAAACGCAUCUGCGGUGAACCAUUCGCGAAAGGUGGCAAAAGUGGUCGUCUUAGCUGGCCGCACACUUUGAAUCGAGUUUGUUUACAGUCACGCUGCAUAUGGCUUUCGGUAUUUCUGCCUGCACUCAGUUGGCAUGCCUAAUUUGACUCGUCGGCUUAGAGGUCGCGAGUUUAAUUCUCGCCUUGCGAAUACCGUACACUGCUCUUGCGUAUGUAUUUUCGGUUAUUCUCUUACGGGCUCUCCGAUUGUCGGUACCACGUGGUGUUGUUCAAGAGUGGCUGUCCGACGUUUAUCUCUGCCCAUGUGCUGGGACAAAUGAACGAUGUGAAGUCCUGCUGUGAAGCCUGGAUAGUUCGGCAAGUGGAGCAACAAACACUAAGUAAUCAUAAUAAAAUGUGAACUGGCAAGGGCAUAGACACCAGUGGGUCGAGGGAGCUUUCAUCGGGAACUGAAAUGAAUGUCACGCCAAACGAAACGCGGUACAACCCGAACACUCUUGGGAUAGCAACAGAACAUUGUCAGCAUCUUGAAAGCGCAAUGCUUUUUUUAUCGCACGAAAACAACGUUUUGAUGUCCGAGAACAGAUGCAGUUAGCAGCUAAAGGCUCCGUUCGCGAGACUUUUUUUUGUUAUCUGGUCACAUUUGUCCCACGGUGCAGUGGUGUAAUGAGCUAACGAUGCAAAGAGGAGCAUGGUAUUACCAACCCAAUGCGAUUCCCAUUAUUGCUGCUGUGCAAUUCGCUCAUUGCACCAUCGGUUAACGCUGCCUUACUCCACAUUGGCGUUACGGGAUUUAUGCAACUCAUGAAUUGUAGCGGUAAUUAGACGCGCUUGAUUACAAAGUGGCUGAUGGCAAAUGUCUCCUUGAUAGCACUCCGUCUCACCAAAAUUAACGCAUUCACCAAUGGUUGUAGCGGGAAUUGGGGAGUCAUUUUCUAAACCGUGCUAUUUUUCAACGGUUUGAUCUCAAGUUUGCGCGUGCGCACUUCAGCAGCGCCUUGCGUGGGUGGUGAAAUAUGAAUCGUAGCCCAGUUCAGAUAAGAGUGCGUGCCGGUUCACUGACAUCGCAUUCAUAUUUUAACCGCAGUCUACCCCACCCGUUGUGCCGACGUGAACCACCGCGUUAGAUUAAUAACGAAUCGCGUGUUUGUGGGGGGGGGUUUGUUUGUAUGUUGCCGCACGGCUGAAGGCAUUGUUCAGUAGAGUUUUGGUGACUAACGUGCUGUGGUUGGUGAUCGGCUGGCUUUUAAUCUAUGGUUGUUGUGUUUGUAAUUGACUGCACAAGAGAACAAAUAAAGUAACCUUUUUUUGAGCUUUGU